CGUGACGUAUUCACUAACAAUACUUCGCGACUCACCUCUCAAGAAAGGAGGCACGAGAAAACGGCUGUAGUCUUAUUGUAGGGGGGAUUUAAAAUUUAACAACUGGCAAUCGUGGACCCUUUUCUGUAAGUAGCCAUUGUCUAAGGACUUAUGGAGAGGGACUCUGAUCAGGUGUCGCAGAACGCUCUUUGUCGUUCUGGUUGUGGUUUCUAUGGUAGCCCUGCCAGUGAUGGUUUGUGCUCCCAGUGUUACAAGGAACAGGUGAGAAGAAAACAAUCAACUCCUCCAAGCUCUGGUGUUACUGGCCUGGUUAGUCCUACAACCCCUGAGACAAGUUCAGAAGGACUUGUGGCAGCUGCCAUUUCCUCAGCAGAAAGUAUGUUAAACACCGCUUCCCCAACAGUUCCUUCAGCAAUUACUACUUCUCCAGAUCCUGAAAGCAGUUUUUCCGAGCCACAACCAUCUGGCAGCCAAGAUAUAGGAUCUGAAGAAACUUCUGUUUCCAGUGACACUUUUGUUUCAGACACAGCCCAAUCUGAGGAAUCUACUCCAAAAGAUCAUAAAAAGAAGAAAAAUCGGUGUCAACUGUGUCGUAAAAAAGUUGGACUUACUGGGUUUGAGUGUCGUUGUGGAGGGCUUUUUUGUAGCGUACAUAGAUAUGUAAAUGAGCACAACUGUUCGUUUGACUACAAGCAGCAUGGUGCACAGGAAAUCAGAAAAAACAAUCCUCUUGUAGUGGGAGAAAAAGUGCAGAAAAUAUGACUAGAUGUUGAAAAGUAGUAUGUAAGAGCUGGAAGAGACGAGUUUUUUUUGGUUUAUUUUUUUUCCUUCAAACUUAGACUGUUUAGCAGCAAAAUUGUGUUUGUCUGAUACAGGAAAGACUGUUGACAAGCGGAUAUCUUUAAUUUGCAGGUGAUGCUGUUUGACAUUUUAUGCUUUUACUCAGAACACAAGUAACUUCCAUCAUUUUCAUUCAGGAAAAACAUAUUAAAAUUUAGGAACGAGACCAAGAUCUGUACUAUGUUUUAUAUUUGCUUUGUACAGUUGCAUUAAACCCCCUUUUUCACAAAUUACGGUAGAUAAAGUAUUGAUCCAUAAAUUGAAUUAUUUCAUAAUAGAAACAUGAAAGGGGUUAGUAUGUAUACUUGCAUUAAUUUAGGCCUGAAGUGUUUUAACAGCAGUGUACUUUAUCCUAUGGCAUUGAUUUAAAAGCUAAUUCUAAAUUAGUUGUUUUAAGUGUGUGUGUGUGUGUGUGUGUGUUUUGUUCCCUUAGUGGAAUAAACUGGGAUGUGCAAAGAAAGCACAACAAUUUCUUCAUUGUAGGAUAUUAACCUACUUAUAAUGUAUAUUAUCAUCAUCAUCGUGAAUAUAAUAAACUGUUACAUAGUUACUUGUGUUCAAUCAGUUUUAAUAUAUAUAUAUAUUUUUCAGCCAUUUGAUUUACUCUUUUUUUUAAUCUCUUGAACAAAGCAAAAAAAAUCAAAUUUUUGUUUAAAAGUAAAGUAAAACUGUUACCAAAACCAAGCCCAAGACUACUCUCCUCACAGAUGUGGUUAUAGUAAAAAAUUAAGAUAUUAAGAAAAUACACACUAAUAUCCUUUAUUCUCAUUUUGUUACAAAAUUCUUCUACCUGUGAAAUGUCUAUUUCAAUUUGAUACUUUCCAAACUAUAGAUUCUUAACAUUUAGAUGUAUUUUUUAGAGAAGAUGUAAACUAUUGAACACAACUAUACUGGUAUUUCAAAAAAUGUGUGACUAAUCAAAGUGUAGUUUUUUGGUGCACAUUCAAAAUUUCUAUAACUACAAAUUUACUAUUUUUCAACUAACUAAACUUGGGUCAUCUGUUGGUUCAGUGGUAACUUUAGACUUGCAACCUUAAAAUCUGGGGUUUAAUU